UGCGGAGUAUCAGACAGAGAAGAGCGGGGCGCGGUGUGCGGGGGUCCAGCAGGAGCAGCCGGGGCGGGGUGCGGUGCGGUGCGGUGCGAGGCGCUGGCUGAUGGCUUUCCCCACGCACGCCGGGGGCGGCCGGGCAGGCUGGGAGGCGAGGAGCGGCACCACGAGCGAGCGCGGCGGCGAGCUGCUGGACGCGGGAGGCUCCUGUGCUGGUGGGUUGAGGGGAGCCCGUGGCCCGGCUGCAAAUCCCCCCCAGCGGCCCCAGGAGUGACGCUCCAAGGCGGGUUGUUGCUGAAAUUGUUACCCUGGGGUUGGCUGACUUCUUGCUCAUGUACUUCUGUCCCACCAUGCAAUGGAAUAGUGACACAGUGUAUCACAGCUGCUCAGCACUGGAGAAUGGAAUCUUUCUAUGAUGAAAAGCUGGUGUAAAUGACUGCUGCUGCCUCCCGGACCAAGAUAACCUGCUCCGUCAGCUGGAGCCCCCUGUGGACAGCUGUCUCUCUCAGCUGAUGGAAAACUGCUACUAACCACUGAAUGGAAGAGAGGGGAGCAACAACCACACUAGUAGCUGCAGCAGUACCAGUAAUAGCAGCAGCAUCCGAGGUCUCUAUUGUUCCUUGAUGUUAAACAGUUUUCCCUUUUCAGCUGACAUGCACAAUAGCUGGGAAGAGGUUUCCAUUCUGCCCUCUCGAUGAAGAAAUUCUGAAGGGGAGAAAAUUACUCAAACAAGGGUUACCCUUUGUGCUGCAGAUUUUGACACUGAAGCAGCCUUCUGAAGGCAUGGGGGUGAGAAAGGGAGGCACAGCUUUAUUCGGUGGUCCAGGGGCUUCUGCUGUUUCAAUCCGUAGUACAGGAGUUCUUGUGGUUCUUCUGUUUGGAAUCUGGGAAGCUAAAGCACAAAGUGAAUUUGAAACUUCAUCUGUAUAUUUGUGGAAGACUGGUCCAUGGGGAAGAUGUAUGGGAGAUGAAUGUGGUCCAGGUGGUAUCCAAACACGGGCAGUAUGGUGUGCUCAUGCGGAAGGAUGGACAACACUGCCCACAAAUUGUAAACAGACAGAGAGGCCUGAGAACCAACAGAACUGUUUCAGGGUUUGUGACUGGCACAAAGAACUGUAUGAUUGGCAGUUGGGCAAUUGGAAUCAGUGCCAGCCAGUUAUUUCAAGGAAUCUUGAAAAACCAGUGGAAUGCAUCAAAGGAGAAGAAGGAAUCCAGAUGAGAGACGUAACUUGUAUCCAAAAAUCAAAUGGGGUUUCUGCUGAGGAUGUCAUAUGCGAGUACUUUGAGCCAAAGCCACGCCUGGAACAGGCAUGCCUCAUCCCUUGCCGUCAGGACUGUAUUGUGGCAGAGUUCUCCCCCUGGUCAGAAUGUUCCAAGACCUGUGGCAACGGGCUUCAGCAUCGAACUCGUCACAUUGUUGCUCCACCUCAGUUUGGUGGCUCUGCCUGCCCUAACCUGACUGAAUUUCAGAUCUGUCACUCUGUCCCAUGUACUACUGAAGAAAGCAUGCAUAGCCUGAAUGUGGGGCCCUGGAGUACAUGCUCAGUGCCCCACUCAAGACAUAUAAGGCAAGCAAGGAAACGAGGGAAGAACAAAGAAAAGGAGAAGGACAGAGAAAAAGGAGUUCGGGAUCCUGAAGCUCGGGAGCUUAUUAAGAAAAAGAGGAAUCGAAAUAGGCAGAACAGACAAGAGAACAAAUAUUGGGACAUACAGAUUGGGUAUCAGACCCGGCAGGUUACAUGUACUCACAAAAAUGGAAAAACUGCUGCAUUGAGCUUUUGCCAACAAGACAAGUUGCCAAUUACCUUCCAGUCCUGUGUGAUCACUAAGGAGUGCCAGGUGUCGGAGUGGUCUGAGUGGAGCCCCUGUUCCAAAACAUGUUUUGAUAUGACAUCCCCUAAAGGAAAUCGUACAAGAACACGGACCAUUAAGCAGUUUCCUAUUGGCAGUGAAAGUGAAUGCCCAGAACUAGAAGAAACAGAGCAAUGUAGCUCUCAAGGAGAUGGUGUGGCGCCGUGUGUUACAUAUGGCUGGAGAACCACAGAGUGGACAGAAUGUCGUGUUGACCCUUUACUUAGCCAACAGGACAAAAGACGAGGGAAUCAGACAGCUCUGUGUGGAGGUGGAAUUCAAACCCGUGAGGUGUACUGUGUGCAAGCUAAUGAAAAUCUCCUCUCCUAUUUAAAUACCCUCAAGGAAAAAGAAGCUUCCAAGCCUGUGGAUCGGAAACUGUGCACGGGACCUGUACCUAGCACCACCCAAUUGUGCCAUAACCCUUGUCCAAUAGAAUGUGAAGUGUCCGCUUGGUCAGCUUGGGGACCAUGCACCUAUGAAAGCUGUGAAGACCAGCAAGCCAAAAAGGGUUUUAAAUUAAGGAAGCGGUCCAUCACAAAUGAACCUACUGGAGGGACAGGAAAUUGCCCUCAUCUGCUUGAAGCUAUCCCAUGUGAGGAGCCUUCUUGCUAUGACUGGCGAAUAGUGAGACUAGAAGAGUGCAUACCAGACAAUGAGAAGCAGUGUGGGCCUGGCACUCAAGUUCCAGAGGUGGUCUGUAUCAACAGUGAUGGAGAAGAGGUUGACAGACAGCUGUGUAGAGAUGCUAUCUAUCCAAUUCCCAUUGUCUGUGAAGUUCCAUGCCCAAAGGAUUGUGUAAUCAGCAUGUGGUCUGGAUGGUCGUCCUGCUCUCACACCUGCUCAGGCAAAACCACAGAAGGAAAACAGAUGCGAGCCCGCUCUAUUCUGGCAUAUGCAGGUGAAGGAGGCAUUCAGUGCCCAAACAGUAGUGCACUUCAGGAAGCACGCAGCUGUAAUGAACACCCUUGCACUGUGUACCACUGGCAGACUGGGUCCUGGGGCCAGUGUAUAGAAGAUGUCUCUGUGUCCACUUUCAACUCAUCUACCAAUUGGAAUGGGGAGGCCACCUGUGCUGUUGGGAUGCAAACAAGAAAAGUCAUCUGUGUGAGGGUCAACGUGGGACAAGUGGGACCAAAAAAAUGUCCUGAAAGCCUUCGACCAGAAACGGUGAGGCCUUGUUUGCUUCCUUGUAGGAAAGACUGUAUUGUGACUCCAUACAGUGAUUGGACAUUGUGUUCUUCCCCAUGUCAAGAAGGGGAUGUCACAGUAAAGAAACAGUCUCGCCAUCGAGUCAUCCUCCAGCUCCCUGCAAAUGGUGGCCGUGACUGCCCAGACACGUUAUAUGAGGAAAAGGAAUGUGAGGCUCCUCCUGUGUGCUAUACUUACAGGUGGAAGACCCACAAAUGGCGCAGAUGCCAACUGGUACCAUGGUAUGUUCGUCAGGAUAGUCCAGGUGCCCAUGAGACAUGUGGGCCUGGACUACAAGCAAGAGCAAUUACUUGUCGCAGACAAGAUGGAGGACCCGCUGACAUCAGUGAGUGCCUUAAAUAUGCAGGCCCUUUACCAACAUUAACACAGGCCUGCCAAAUUCCUUGCCAAGAUGACUGUCAGUUCACAAUCUGGUCAAAGUUUUCUUCCUGCAAUGGGGACUGUGGAGCAGUCAGGACGAGAAAGCGCUCUCUUGUUGGAAAAAGUAAGAAGCGAGACAAAUGCAAAAAUUCCCAGUUGUAUCCUCUGAUCGAGACUCAGUUUUGUCCUUGUGACAAGUACAAUGCUCAACCUGUGGGGAACUGGUCAGACUGCAUUUUACCAGAGGGCAAAGUGGAAGUAUUACUCGGAAUGAAAGUACAAGGAGAUAUCAAGGAAUGUGGGCAAGGCUAUCGUUACCAAGCCAUGGCAUGCUAUGAUCAAAACAGUCGGCUUGUGGAAACAGCACGAUGCAACAGUCACGGUUACAUCGAGGAAGCCUGCAUUAUUCCAUGCCCCUCAGACUGCAAGCUCAGUGAAUGGUCCAACUGGUCUCGCUGUAGUAAAUCCUGUGGGAGUGGGGUAAAGGUUAGGUCUAAAUGGCUCCGUGAAAAACCCUACAAUGGUGGAAGACCCUGCCCCAAGCUGGAUCAUGUCAAUCAGGCUCAGGUAUAUGAGGUGGUCCCAUGCCACAGCGACUGCAGCCAGUACAUAUGGGUUACAGAACCCUGGAGCGUCUGCAAAGUGACCAAUGUUGACUUAAAGGAGAACUGUGGAGAAGGUGUGCAAACCAGGAAAGUGAGAUGCAUGCAAAACACCAUGGAUGGUCCUUCUGACACUGUUGAGGACUACCUGUGUGACCCUGAAGAGAUGCCUCUUGGUGCUAGAAGAUGCACAUUGCCAUGCCCUGAAGACUGUGUUAUGUCUGAAUGGGGCCAGUGGUCUAGAUGUUCCUUGCCCUGCAAUGGAAGUAACGUGCGUGAAAGGUCAGCGGAGCCUCUAAGACAACCUGAUGAAGGAAAGGCUUGUCCUGCUUCCACUGAGACAGAACCUUGCAGUCUGAACAAAAACUGUUACCACUAUGAUUACAAUGUGACAGACUGGAGUACAUGUCAGCUCAGCGAGAAGGCAGUUUGUGGUAAUGGCAUCAAAACAAGAAUGCUAGAUUGUGUUCGCAGUGAUGGCAAAUCAGUUGACCUGAAGUAUUGUGAAGUGCUUGGCUUGGAGAAGACGUGGCAGAUGAAUACCUCCUGUGUGGUGGAAUGUCCUUUGAACUGUCAGCUUUCUGACUGGUCUCCAUGGUCUGAGUGUUCCCAAACAUGUGGCCUUACAGGAAAGAUGAUACGAAGAAGGACAGUAAAUCAGCCUUUUCAGGGUGAUGGGAGACCUUGUCCAUCUCAGAUAGAGCAAUUCAAACCCUGCCCGGUAAAACCUUGUUAUCGGUGGCAGUAUGGCCAUUGGGCUGAAUGCAAAGUUGAGGAUGCUCAGUGUGGAGAGGGGACAAGAGUCAGGAACAUUUCAUGUGUGGUCUCUGAUGGAUCCACUGACGAUGUUGGCAAAAUAGUAGAUGAGGAAUUCUGUGGAGAAAUUGAGCCUAUUAUUGAUGGCAAUAAGAAGAUGGUACUUGAGGAAACCUGCACCCUUCCUUGUCCAGGUGAUUGUUACUUGAAAGAGUGGUCAGAAUGGAGCCUUUGUCAGCUGACCUGUGUUAAUGGAGAAGAUCUUGGGUUUGGAGGGAUACAAGCCCGAUCCCGGGCAGUGAUCAUUCAGGAAUUAGAGAACCAACACCUCUGUCCAGAACAGGCUUUGGAAACAAGAUCAUGUAACGAUGGUCAGUGUCACGAAUACAAGUGGAUGGCUAGCCCAUGGAAGGGAUCUUCUCGGACAGUAUGGUGCCAAAGAUCAGAUGGUUUAAAUGUUACAGGGGGCUGUUUAGUGAUGCGCCAACCAGAUGCUGACAGGUCAUGUAACCCACCGUGCAGUCAAUCCCAUUCUUACUGUAGCGAGACUAGAACGUGUGGUUGUGAAGAAGGGUACACUGAAGUAAUGUCCUCUGAUGGCACACUCGAGGAGUGCACACUCAUCCCUGUGGUAGUGAUCCCCACUAUGGAGGACAAAAAAGGAGAUGUGAAAACCAGUCGAGCUGUGAACCCCACCCAGCCAUCCAGUAACCAGUCAGGACGAGGAAGGACCUGGUUUCUGCAGCCUUUCGGGCCAGAUGGGAAGCUGAAGACCUGGGUUUAUGGCGUAGCUGCUGGUGCAUUUGUUUUACUCAUCUUUAUUGUUUCUAUGAUCUAUCUAGCCUGCAAAAAGCCAAAGAAACCCCAGAGAAGGCAGAACAAUCGGCUGAAACCUUUAACACUGGCUUAUGAUGGAGAUGCAGAUAUGUAAAAUAUAACUUUCCACUGCAGCAACUGGAUUCUACAUUACUGUGUUGAAAUCAGAGGGUGUCCAAAGGCACAGGGGCAUGCUACAGAGAGGAUUUUAGGCGGUUUUUGUUUUUGUUUUGUUUUUUAAGAACUGCACCAUAAAACAAAGAAGAAUGGCUUUCAUAAUGCCCAUGGAUAUUCAAGGCAUUAUUGCUUUAUUCUAAGCCAUGAGCACAGAGAAUUCUGGCAGAUUGGAAACAUUAAUGUGUUUUUUUGAAACUGUCAAAACCACCUCAGUCUCCAGACCACUGUGGCUCAUUUAAUAUUCACAGUUGAGAACCCUGACGCCAGACUUACCUUCACAAUUAACCAUGUAUAAUCACUGAGCAUGAAGAGUUUGUACCAAGCUGUCUAUAACUCUUUAUAUUCAAGCAUAACAUAUAUACUCAGUUGAAGCAUAUGUAUUAUUCUGUCAAAUUAUAUACUUGUUAAAGAGCAUUUUAGUGCUUAAUAAGCUGUUAACUGAGAAGAUUGAACAAGUUCAGCAUCUUGGAAAUUGUGUAGCUUGUGUUAACCUGCAUUUCAGAGAGCAAAGAUUCUCUUGCAAGACUGUUCUAUUAUCACUCCAAAGUAUCAAAGCUUCAUAUACACAAGUAUCUAGGAAGGAAACAUCCUCAGAUUCAGUAUUUUAUAGUGGUUACUGUCUGGAAAAAUGAAUACCUGGUGUAAAUGUUACAAUAUGUUUCUACUUUCUCUAACUCUCAAACUGUUGCCUGCAUCUUUUUUGCUACAUGUUAGGCAAAUUUUUGCACUAUAUUAGUGCAGCAUGAUAUGCACUUAACUAGUAUUGCCAUAGAAACUGCCUCUUUUCAAAAAGAAUGAUGAUGCAUCUUGUGCCAGGAGCGUCAAGCAGGCAUUUCAGUUCUUGAAUCCUGAAGAGAGUAGAGUUCAGCUUGGACUGUGACUGGAUGGAAUCAGCUAAUACAUGUACUGUAUACACUGUUUCUCAUCACAGCAGCCAUUUUGUAGUCUAUAUCGUGGCAGUAAUAUAAGUGUCUAGUUUCUUGCCCAUCUACUUAUACAAAUGUAGAUUCUCCAGUUGGUUUCUAAUUGUACUUUGAAGGCUGUUUAUGACUAGAUUUUUUAUAUUUGUUAACUUUGUUUAAAAAAAAAGAAAGAAAAGUGGUUGCCCUCUCAUCUUGAGUGAAAUAUUCUGAUUAUUUGUUCAGCUAAAUGAAGAAAGUUUGUUGCGUAUUUUUCCUCUCCCAAGCAAAAUAAUUGCCAUUGUAGCUGCCAAUGUAAAACUUUCCCUUUAGUUAGGAUAACUGGAUGUAAUCUUUACCUUUAAUCAUUCAGCUAAAGUCUUAAAAGUACUGGUUAAAGAAGGAUAUCAAAAUAUUUGCCUCACUAAACAGUCAGAUAACUUUUUCUUAACUCUGGUAGUAUAACAGUUCAUUGCCACUCCUUUCUUUACAUGUUAACCUCGUCCAUCCCUAUAGCUUUUCAAGCAUGUUGUGCUACCAUUGUAUCUACACCUGUCACAGACAUGACUCAUGACCUGAGAGGGCUUACUCUACCAGAAUGGCUUCUAGAAAUGUCGCCUAAAAGAAAAAGAAAAAUGACUGUGCUAUUACCAAGCAAUAUAAUGACAAGACUUUAUCACAAAACCUUUCAAAAAACUUGUUGUGUAAAGUUCAGUAUUAGUGUCUCAGGUCUUUUACUAACCUCCACCAUUCCUGUGCACCAUUCCCAAGCACCAGUUUUUGUACAGCCAGUAAAACUAUACACUUUGCCAACUUUGGGCUGGCUCAUGUAUCCACUGAAAUCACUGGGCGGCAUGAGUCCUGAUUCCAUGUCAAAUUGUCAUUGAAAUCAGUGUGUUUUGUUCAAAUAUCAAAAGUAGAAUAUGGUAAUACCAGUGUUUUGAUAUCACACUAUGAUAUUGAUCUUUUCCUAAUGCAUAGAUAAGAAGAGAAGAACAAAUGUGUGUGUCAAUUAGCAAUAGGCAUUUGUUCAGGUUCCAUUUCACACCUUACACCCCAAUCCUGCAACUUGUUGGCGGACUGCCAGACCAGCCCAACACUCCACAGAACUCUAUAUGGCUCCUUGCUGUGGCAGCAGUUCACUUACAUACAACAAGUUGCAAGAUUGAGGCUUUAAUCUUAUAUCAUUUCAUACAGACUGAGGGCAAAAAAAAAAAAUUAUGUACAAAGUUAAGUUCUUUGAAGUGUUUCAGUGAGAAACAAUAAAAAGUUAGUUCUUACUUUAUCAGACAGACAAAAAAAAUGAACGGUGGGAAAGUUAUCAAAUUGCAAAUAAAACUUUAAAAAUAUGACGUUGAAACUUGGUCAUGGAUGAAUUAAUUACCUUUGGAAGCUCAUUUCUGGGUGUUGAAUUGUUUCGGGCGAACAUCUCUGUCCGUGCGGAUAAGUGAGGAUGGUUCUUAAAUUGGCAAGAAGUUACCACUGUUAAUUACACUGGCUAGUCUUUUAGCAGGAGCUCCGCUGUAGCGCUCACCAUGAAGCCUGUGUGAACCUGAACACCCAAAAUUUCACAAUUUACUUCCAAUUAAAGCUUUGCUAUCAUCUGUUGUUCGCCAUAUAAAAUUACUAUUGCUAAAAUGCAGACAAAGAAUGGGUGUUUGGCUUUUACAAUCCAUACAAGUAUUUCAUGAGAAAAGAAAAUCAAGAGCUGGUACAGAUCUGCAAUUGUAUUAAAUUCUGUGUUUUGUAAAACUGGAGCCAGAAUAGCCUAUUCUUUCUUUAUGAAGAAAGGCAUUCUUUAAAAAGAUUUUUAGGAUAUGAGGAGAGUUGUAAGUCUGUAAAUCUAAAAGUUACAAAAGGUGGUCAAGCCCUGUAAGUAUGAAACAGUUAAAAAAACCAAAAAACAAAAAAACCCCGCAAGUUUCAUAAAGAAUGAAGAGUAAUUUGCUUUAAAAACCAGAGUGCUUCUACAAAUCCAGUGCCUAAAGCAGCCACUACUGUAGUUUGUUAGUGUGUGAAAGUAAUGUUUCCAGUGAUCAAGUGUCUCUAAGCCAUUCAGAAAAUAGCUGAGUAGAUAUUUUCUUGUUGGUGUGGUGGUUUGUAAUUUCCUUUAAAAAAUCUGUAGUUUCUAGAUUACUGUGUCUGCUUUGAGUCCUGGAGCACUUUCUUUUCAAAGCUUUGCUGAUACUGCACAAGAUUCUGUAUGUUUGCUAUAAUGCACCCAUUUUAAAAUUCCCUUUCUGCCACCAAAGUGUAAUAAAGUCCAUUUUAACAAUCUGAAAGACCCACUUAAAUACUCUGUAUAAAUCACUGUAAAAUAUACCUUGGAUGAAACUGAAAUCUGUCUUUUACCUUUAUGUAAAUCGUGCUCACCCAAAGUUAAGAGUUUUAUUUUGCCUAACUUAAUUUACUUGAAUAUUUAUUUUGUAGAAUAAGGAGGCAGCUGUCUGAGGAAUGUUUACUUUUUUUUGGUUAAUGUUAAUUUGUAAAUUGUGUAAUGCAUUUUUAUUUUUUAAAUUAUGUAUAUUCUUUUUUAAUGCACAAAAUGUUUACGUACAACUACUGCAAAUUUGUGUAUAUUGUCACUAAGCUUUAUUCAGUUAAUAUAGAUGGCGUGUGAAAAUGUAACAAGACUUACAUUUUCAUAUGGGUUAUUUUUACGUAACUGAUGUAUUGCUGACAAUAAAUUUAAACACAAUCAUU